AUGGGAACAAAUAACAAUAGUAAUCGGUCGUCGAUGAAGCAGAGACACAAACGCGUCGAAAGUUGUCACUCGUUGCCAGCUGAUUAUAGAAUUCCCAAUAAGCAUGUUGCACGGAUGCAAUACGGUGAGAAAAAGAACAUCAAACACAAGUUGCAGCAAUGGUUCAUAGAGAAUCCCAAAAUCAGUGGGUUUCGAAAUUUCGGAAUAAUUUUUUUUCAAAUUAAUAUUCCAGGCGCUCGAAUCCGCUCCUGCAAUGUGCUCAUCAAACUUCUCACAUGUAUCCUUUACUGCUUCCGUGUGGUGAAUGAUGAGAGAACGUAUCCGGAAGAGUUUCCGUUGGCGGAGGCAAAAGAGAAGGAUUUGACAUUUUAUGAGUACUUGUUAUGGGUGGAUUUUGAUUUCAAAAUAUGGUUCGCUCAAACAUUCUUCGCUCUCAUCAGUAUGGUCUACACAAUUUUGGUCUUCUAUCUCAGCUACUCGGGAAGUGUCAUUCGUCUCCUAAUCAACAUCCAUUUUCUUCUCGAGCUUAUUACCAGCUUCCCAUUUAUCCUUUCUAUCUUCAUUCCAAGUUUGACUUACCUCUAUGUCCCGGUUUUCUUAAACUGUUGGCUUGCCAAAGAACGAUCUCAAUCGCAAAUCCUUCAUAUCCUCAUCAGCUCUCUUCCGCCAGCUUCUUCUCUUGUUCACUAUUUGCAAAGAGCUCGCGCCAAACAAAUUGAUCUCUUCACCUCUUUCUACUUUGUUAUGGUCACUUUCUCCACAGUAGGAUACGGAGAUUGGUACCCAGACUACUGGGCGUCUCAGCUAUGCGUCGUGAUUUUGAUCUGCGUGGCUUUGGGUUUGAUUCCAAAACAACUCGACGAACUUGGACAGACAUGGUCGGAGAGACAAAAGUCUGGAACUGAUUUCAGCAGUUGGAAUGGUGUCGAAUCCCAUGUGGUGGUUACUAUCACCACUUUGGAAGUAGAAUUCAUUCGAGACUUUUUGGAAGAGUUCUACGCGCACCCAGAAAACCAGAGAAUUCAAGUUGUUUUGCUGUCACCAGCCGAGUUGGACAACCAAACUCGCAUGUUGUUGAAAAUACCACUUUGGAACAAUCGGGUUCAUUACGUGCGCGGAAGUUCUUUGAGAGAUGAAGACUUGGAGAGAGCAAGAGUGUCAACUGCAAAAGCCUGCUUCAUCCUCUCUGCUCGUCACGUUAACCGAAAAGUGGCCACAGAUGAGCACACAAUUCUUCGAUCAUGGGCAAUCAAGGAUUUCGCUCCGAACGUUCGGCAAUACGUUCAGAUUUUCAGAGCGGAAACUAAAAUGCAUAUUGAGCAUGCAGAAGUCCUGAUUUGUGAGGACGAGUUCAAGUACGCCCUGUUGGCCAACAACUGCAUCUGUCCAGGAAUUUCGACUUUCAUCACACUCCUAAUGCAUACAUCUCGUGGAGAAGAAGGACAAAAGUCCACUGAACCAUGGCAUAAAGUGUACGGAUUCCAUUCGGGAAAUGAAAUGUACCAGAUCCGUGUCCAAGACAGCAGAUUCUUUGGAGAAUACGUUGGAAAAUCAUUUAGCAGCACUAGUUUCCACGCUCACAAAGAAUAUGGAAUUGGUUUGAUUGCUGUUGCACCGGAAGGAGAUACAUCUAGAAUGAAGCUGAACCCAGGAUCCUCUCAUAUCAUCCAAUCCACGGACACUGUUUACUAUAUGGGUCUCACUAACGAAGAAUCUCUCACAGACUUCCGAAAAGGGAUUCAGAGCCAGCAGAAGCGGGCGAACGUUGCCUCUACAAUUGCCAACGUUGGAAGUGUUGCUGUAGAUGUGCCUCAUGAGAAGACAGAGCUGGCCACCAGGAAGAAGAAGAAAAGAAAGGAAAAAGCAGCUGAUGAAAUCCAUCUGAUCGAAAUCGGAGAACACAUACAGUCUAGCCGCCGCCCAUCAAUCGCAAUGGUCACCGAAGGAAAAAUCGAUAGCUCAUCAGACUCCGAUCAAGAGGAAAUCUGUGACAAAUGCCGAGGUCCAUGCAUUCAACACAAGUUGCAGAGAACCUAUCCACAAGUGCGGACUUAUAUCGGAACUUCCAAUACAGUAUGCCACAUGAUGAAGGAGCGUCGAUCACUUUGUUGUUUGAAACUGGACGAAAAAUGUGCUCAUAAAUCUGCAACAUCCGCUCAUGAAUAUCAGUGGAGGAAUCGGCCAAUUAUUCUAGCUGCUGAUAGGACUAGCAGUGGAAUGUAUAACUUGGUGAUUCCAUUGAGAGCAUACUAUAGACCAGUUCAUGAUUUACAUCCGAUUAUUAUUUUGUUGGAGUUGGAAGAGCAAGACUCGUUGAAUGACGCGUUUUUGGAUGCGAUUUCAUAUUUCCCAGAUGUCUAUUGGAUGAAAGGAAAGAUUGGAAAUCUCGACUGCCUCCUUCGUGCUGGUGUGAGCAGUGCUGAGCACGUAGUCGUCGUCAAGGAGACUGCAGUCAUGGCCGAAGAACACACCGCCGACUGCAAUACCAUCAUCACGGUCCAGAAAAUUCACAGAAUGUUCCCACGUCUUCGAAUGAUCACUGAACUCACCCAUGCGACGAACAUGCGUUUCGUUCAGUUCAACCCAAACAAUGCGUACUCACUAGCCCAAUCUAGAUUUGAGAAAAAGGAACGAAAACGAGGAUCCCAUAUGCCUUUCAUGUUCAGACUGCCGUUUGCUCAGGGUGGCGUGUUCAGUGCGAACAUGUUGGAUCGAUUGUUGUAUCAGGCUAUCAUCAAACCAUUCGUCGUCGAUCUCGUAAGACUUCUUCUUGGAAUCGAUCAACAUAGUGAUGGAGGGUAUUUGACCUCGUUUGUGAUCACUUCUGAUGAUUUAUGGAUUCGCAAUUAUGGGAGACUCUAUCAAAAACUAUGCUCUUCGGUGGCAGAUAUCCCUAUCGGAAUUUUCAGAACCAAAAAAAUGGAUACCAAAACUGUCUCCCUGGACCUUCAAGAACAAUGCAAAGACUUUGAGUCCACUGAAAUGAAUCGAAACAAGGAUAUGUAUGACCAUGUGAAGAAUCGAAUGAGAGUUCUUAAUAUCCGAGACUCCCAUACCCUGUUGGAAGGAAGCGAUGAAAAAUCAGCAAUCUCUUACGUCAUCAUCAAUCCGGCUCAAGACCUAGAGUUGGAAUCUGGGGACAUUGUAUAUGUGAUCAGAAGUCCAAUCCGAAAAGACGCUACAAAUGCACGCAUCAAUCCGAGAAGAGGAUUACGUCGGAGUAAGAACGUCAGUGAGACGAUGGAUUCGUCUAAUAAUCAGGUCCCAGUGAUCGUCAUCGAUGAGAACAACAUGUAA